GUCGCAGUCAGCAGCACUCUUACGAUCCCUCAGCCACAACAAGCAUAGCGAUGGUGGCUACUGCCGCCGUGUAUGCGGCGGCCUCGUCACCAACUGCGCUGCCCGGCGGUGGCUGCACCCGCCGCGGCCGACUGCCCCUGCCGGGCCCCUGGCACUUGCCGGCCCCGCUGAUGCCCCCGCCCCUGGGCCGGAUGCCGCCACCACCACCACCACCGCCACCACCACCACCACCGCCACCACCACCACUGAAGCAGCGGCGCCACGACGUGAUGGGCGGCGGCGGCGGGGCUUGGGGCUGCUGUCGCCGGCCGGCGGUGGGGUCGGCGGGGGCGGCCUGCUGCAGCAGCAGUGGUCGUGCUACUGCCGCCAGCGGCGCCCUCGCCUCCGCGCGCGCCCCCGUGUCGCCAGCAGUGCCGCAGCGCCUGCAGCAGCAGGCUCCCCACCACCACCAGCACCAGCACCACCAGCACCUGCACCUGCACCUCCCCCACCCCCACCUCCGGCGCGACGUGUCGGCCCGCUUCCAGGUGUCGCCGCGGGAGGACGACCUGGCGGGCCUCACCGCGCGACUGCGGCGGGAGCAGCUGCGGCUCAGGCGGCAGCACCUGUUGCAGGAGGGGCAGGCAGAGCAGCUUGAGGAGCAGGAGCAGGAGGGGCAGGAGGAGGAGCAGGGGCCAGAGACGGGGCAGGCCCGCUCCGCAGCCGCGUCCCCAGGAGCAGCCGUCGGCGACAGCAGCAGCAGUAGCAGCAGCAGCACUGGCGGCCAGGCGCGGCCCCUGCAUCUGCCCAACCUGCCCGCCCGCUACCUCCACCGUCUCAACAGCAGCACUGGCAGUAGCAGCGGCAGUAGCAGCGGCAGCGGCAGCGGCAGUGGCCGGGCGGUGGUGGUGCUGCCGGGUUCGGCGAGCCCCCCU